CGCUGCUGCUGUGGGGAGCGCGGAGCGGGGCUGGGGGGGCCAUGAUCGCACCCGCCCCCGGGAGCCGCGCCGCCUCCAACCGGGAGCCCUAAAGCCUCUCGGCGCCGCGCUGCCGUUCUCCGUGCAGGCAUGGGGAACCAGGUGGAGAAGCUGACCCAUCUGAACUACAAGGAAGUCCCCACGGCUGACCCGACGGGCAUGGACAGAGAUGAAGGGCCCAGGAUCGGGGUCUCCUACAUCUUUUCCAAUGAUGACGAUGAGCUGGAGCAGCAGCAGGACUCGGGACACGACCUCGGGGGUGAGCACCCUGCCCUGCAGCCCUAUGAUCCCCAGCUGCACGAGGUGGAGUGCUCUGUUUAUUACCGGGAUGAGUGCAUCUACCAGAAGAGCUUUUCUGAGGAGGACGUGCUGCCGGAGGAGGGCGAGGAAGGAGGCAGGGGGCACCUGAGCACCUACACCCCAGAGAACCUGCUGAACCGCUGCAAACCAGGCGACCUGGUGGAGUUUGUGUGCCAGGCCCAGUACCCGCACUGGGUGGUCUACGUGGGGGAUUUUCAGGUUGUGCACCUGCACAGGCUGGAGGUGGUGAACAGCUUCCUCACCGAUGCCAGCCAGGGCAGGAGGGGCCGCAUUGCCAACCAGCUGUACCGCUACAAACCCCUCAGCCCGGCCGUGGUGGUACGCAAUGCCCUGGAGCAGGUGGGCUGCAAGGACCGGGACCUGAGCUGGAGAAACUCGGAGUGUUUUGCUGCCUGGUGCCGCUAUGGCAAGCGGGAGUUUAAAAUCGGCGGGGAGCUGCGCAUCGGCAAGCAGCCCUACCGCCUGCAGAUCCGGCUGGGUGACAAGCGCAGCCACACGCUGGAGUUUCAGAGCCUGGAGGAUCUGAUCAUGGAGAAGAGGAGAAAUGACCAGAUUGGUAGGGCUGCUGUGAUCCAGGAGCUCUCCAGCCACCUGCAGGCUGCAGAGGAAGAGGAUGAGGAGGAUGAGGAAGACCAUCCCCACCAUCCAGGUGCCCGGACUGCUGUGGAGUAGUGCCUUAGCACUGCCAUGCUGCUCGGGCUGGGUGAUGGGGAUUAAAACGGAAGGCUGCGAAAUUGAGCUGUUAUAAACCCUUUGGGCCGUUUCAGUGCAGCUUCAUUCCGAUCACAUGUGAAAGGAAGGGGGAAAGCUGAUUAAGUGUCUGUGCUUUAGUGCUUAACUCCUUCAGUGCUUGAUGAUAAAAACCACUGACUUAUUGUAGAGGAUAAAACUCAGGGCAACUCUAUCCUUCUCUGCUCCCAUCUCUUUCCCUUCCUCUGUGCCAGCCCUUCCCUCCACCAUCUGCCAGUAGGCCUGACCCUAUGGGAUGCUAAAUGCCUUUGACAUCUACUUAUCGGCAGAAGUUAAGAGUACUUAAUAGUAUUAAGGAGCCAACAACUUCAGGACAUGGCCAUGUUUGUCUGAGCGUAUGAUCAGUUGGCAGCUGGGAAGUGUGAUAUAUUGCUGUCCCUUGUCUGCCCAUUUCUCUUCAGUUGUGGUUCGGUUGGUCUUGCAACAGGCUGCUUGCUUGCUUACGUAGUGCUAGGCUUCAUGGAUGGGUGGCCAGUUCCACAGGAGGUGCAAGGGAGAAAUCAGUGCUGACUUCAGUGAAAUGCUUUUGAUAUGCCUGGUGCUUUCUUAAUAGAAAUGUGCAGGUGGGCUGGGGGAGCUCUGUCUUUGCUAGCAGCACGUGGUUCUGUUGGGAAGAGAGCAGCUGUUACUGCUGACCAUUCCCAGGGAGGAGGAAUCUCACAACCCUGAUUGCAGAGUCUGUGCAUUGGUGCGUGCCUGGGCUCUUACAGGCACAUACUGAGCUCUGCUAGAGCUUGUUACAGACUUCCCCUAAAGCAAGCAGCAGAGAUCCAGAUGACAUCUGUGGUGAGCAUAGAAGCAGGCUGUUUGUGUGUACCAGCACAUCUCCAGUAAGCUGCCCCUCAAGAAGGUGGUCCCAUGGCUAGGAGUGUGGCACAGGUCCUGCACAGCAGCACUCCCUCCUUGUGAUGGGAAGGAGUGAAGGAGGAAGGCAGGGGGGUUGGGGUGUUCAUUUUAUUCCUCCCUUAUCACAAAGCAACUUCCUCUUUAGAAAACUUCAUGUUUCCCUAUUUUGUACUAAUUUUAUGAUGUGCAGCUCAGCUAUAGCACUAGAAGAGAGGAUAUGCCUCGGGAGUUGUAGUGUAGGUCCCCCAUUCAGUGGGUUGGGGGGGUGCAGCACUGCCUCCCUUGAAUGUUUCCUGAAUUCUGCUUUCAGCUGUUGAACUGUUCUCCCACGUGGGCACCAUCAGAUCAUUGUCCUGAGAUCUUAAGUGUGUGAGCAAACAGAUUUGGACGCCACUUAUAAUACAAAAUUCCUUCCUUUUAAAAGCACAAUAGUGAAGAGGCGAACCUGAAGAUAAGCUUGAGUUCAUUUAAAUAACAGCAAUUAAUGUGCUGUACACUUAGAAGCGUUGUUACUGCUGUCUUCCCUGCGGUUGUUUAUGGUUAUACCACAAAUAGCAAAGUACUCCGUGUCCUUUCUACCCCGUGGGAGCAAAGGUUGUUGACUAAGAAGUUGAUACCUAUUUUUGAUUAGUUAGAACUACAUAAAGCAACUUUGACAAUAUGGUUUAAAUAAAUCUGAGUUGUUUUCUUCCUAAGAUACACAACCUGUGGGGGGAACAAGGCAGUGAUAAACUCCUUUAGCCUUGCUUCCAGAGGAAAUGUGGCUUUAAGGUUAUGCAAAUACACCAUACAGUGUUUCCUUAUUGACUCUGUGUUCUCAUUUUGGACUGCAAAAUGCUCAAACCCAAAAGAGAAUUUAACACUCAGCUCUGUUAGAAUGCUAUAGCUCAGGUGACUGCACUGAUGGUUUUCUUCAAUAUGCAGUAGAGUCAUACUCGUGUCGGUGUGGCUGUCAAGCAAAUGUGCAACCUUGCUUUAAAAAGUAUGGUAACAACCCAUAUCUGACUGCAGUAGGGUUUGUGUAUGGAGGGAUGCAUGCAGCUUUCAUACAAUUAAAUGCUGAAAGCUGAAAUGAUCACGGAGAAAGUCCAGAAGAGAAUGGAGACUCUGUGCUGUACUGACUCGUAUACAACAACUGAGGUUAUCUAGACCACAAGUAAAUGUCUGCCUGUUGUUUCUUUCAUACUGACCCUUGUACAUAACAAAGUUUAUUUCUCUGUGUAAUAUAUGUAUGUAAAAUAAUAUUUUCUUACAAAUAUUUUUGAAAGUUUAAAAAAAAAAAAAAAAUCCAUCAAAACCUUGCAUUUGAAAGUAAGUUGUUAUGCACAUUAUUUUCCAGUCCUCUGAAUGGGUUUAUUUUUCAUUAAUGAUCUAAAAUAUAUUCUGGGUCAUAAAGUAUAGAAACUGCUAUAAAUGUCAAAUAUUAUGUAUCUACAGGGUACUAAACAGUAAACUAGUUGUGAAAAUAUUUUUCCCUUGUGUCUGAAACAUCAGAACUAUGACACACAGCUAUUUCUCUCCUGAGAUAUCCUGCGUGGUCUGGCUUUGUUUUCUGUGGGUUUUUUUUUUUUUCUUUUCUCUCUCUUUUUUUUUUUUUUUUUAAUUAAACAAAGGGGGGAAAAAAAGGACCAAAUCUGUUUGAGAACAAAGAGCAAAGCUUUGACCAACUGAAAUCACGUCUUGUACUGAUCUUGGUGCUUCCCUGUACCGGUCAUGCCUCUUGGGAUCAAUUCCUAUGCAGGCAUAAGGGCCUUAACAAAGAAUCCCAGAGCUUGCACAGCCCUCUAGGAUAGAGAGCUGAGCAGAGGGCUUUGCUCACAGCAAAGCAGCCUGGCAUGCAGUCAGCUGUGUUACAAAACCUGUCUGCCCCUCUGGCACCUGCAGUUCAGGUGUUAAGUGCUUAAAAUGUGGAUAUUGGAAUACAUUGUUCUGCAUGUUAUGCUGGGGAUUUAUUCUGUUUCCUGCAACUCCAUUAUUUGCAAAAGUGGGUUUCCAUUGUUCCCAAUUUUUUUUUAGGAGUGGUUUUGUUGAUUUUUCUAUGUCCUAACAGGGAUUUCUUACCCCAACAGCUAAUGACUGUUGAAUCUUUAACAGGUGGGUGUUUUUUUUUCCCUACCUGUUGAUUAGGCAGUGUUAUUCAAUAGGUGCUAUGAACACCACUGCAAACAUUUCUAAGCAGGCAGGUUUUUAAAGCCAUGGCUCAUAAUGUGUGGACUAGAAUUGCCAUAGGAGAACAUUGCAGUUGCUUAGCUUCUCAUUUUCGUUUUACUGUAAUCAUUUGCUUUCUGCAGACUACACUGGGAUUUCUACAGUUUGUUGUGGUUUAUUGUUUUUUUUUUUAAUCAAAUAAUCUCUUGGGAAAAACAGACUUUUUUGUGUGUUGUGUGUGUGUAGUUCAAGAUUUUUCUGUUGCUCAAAAAAGGGGAGGAGGGUGGGUGAAUAAAUGAAAGUGCUGUUCUCUGAGCUCCUUCGUUAAGGUGUAGAAGUGAAGGUGUGAUCCUUCUGCAGAGCUUCUGAUUUAGCACACGGCCUAUGCUGAGUUGAGCCACUUGGAAAAAUUCUCAGAACUCAUAAUGUGCUUGAAGUUAAGUAUGUGCAUUUCUAUCUGAAUAAGGCUGGAAUCUUGAUCCAAGGUCUUUGGUGGGAGUGUGAGGAUCUGACAUUGCCUGUUUGUGGGGAGGGCACAAGAAGCACUGUGGAAGCUCUUCUUCAAAGUGCCCUUGUCCAAACAAAGCAGAUGGCAUCCAGCCCAAAGCUUGGCCUCAGUUUCCCCCUGAAAAUCCAUGAGCAGCACUGACUCAGCGGGUGGUGAGGCAAACACAUUACACAGCAGUGACAUGCUAAGCUGACAGUCGUGGUGCAGACUGCUUCCUGGUGUCCUGGUCUUGUUGUGCUUGAACUUUCCCUGUAUGAAUUUACUCAUUUAGAUGUCUGCACUGUUACUGAUGGGAAGACUGCUGUGGACGUCAUUUUGCACGUGGUAAGGCUGGCAAGACAAAGCCCCAGAAAUGAAAAAGUAGUUCCAGUUAGGAAAUCAAGAUGAGCAGUCUUACUUCCCUAGAGUAUUCAUAGAAUCAUAGAAUCACCAAGGUUGGAAAAGACCUAAAAGAUCAUCCAGUCCAGCUGUUCACCUAUUUGGUAGAUUUGAUAAAAUAAUGCCACAGAAAUGGCUUCAUAAUGAAGCCUACAAUUAUUCCUUGAUUGAGUAGUUUUAAAAAUACAAUUCAGACACUUACCAUCCAUGGUAGUGAACAAAGAUAUAAACAAGACUAUUUCAAGUUUCCCUGAUUCUGUGUGAGUAUGAAGUAUUGAUUACAGCUCUCUGUAGCUCAGCUGGACAACACAGUAGUAGAGUUGUAGGAUAGAUUGGGAGGGGGAAAAAAAACACAAAACAGAAGCUACUUCAAAAACUAGCUUUUGCUCAGAAAAGUAUAUCCUUCAGACCGAAGGACUGUGGAAGUAAACUUUAAUUGUUUUGUAUAAAUGCAACUCUAGGCAUGCUUCUACUAUUUCGUUCUUUUAAAUUCGGUAUUUCACUCCAUGUACCAAAAAGGUGUUCUGUGUGGAAUAUAUUUCAGAUUUUGACCAUAACAGCGGUUUUCUUUUUCUUUCUUUCUCCCUUUGGGUCUCGCCAAAGGGUGUGUGAGGCUUGCUGAGUCAUUUGCCACCUGUGCUUUCCUGACAAUUAACCAUAUAACUGUAAUUCCAGCAGCCAGUUAGGAACAAAUAUUUCUUUUGAAAGCAAAUCUUACACAACUGAUCAGAUAUGAGUAACUAAAAGUAGGAAAUGUGUUGUUUCCAGCAGCAGUUUCUAUUUGUGAGAAAGCUACUUUAUGUGUUGACUCGGCUACUCUAUAAAGUAAUGUGUGGUGAUAAGGCAAGGUUUAUUGUAUCAUGGACUUAGAUUCUCUGGAUCAGACUCUUCUUUUUAACUGCGGCUAAGAAAAAAUCAGAGCAGCUUCUUCAAACAUCAGUGGUUUAGGUGGUUCUUUUGCAUUAUUGUUGAAUUAGAAGCUUUCUUUCAAUGCACACCUGAAAUUCCUGAUAUUGUAAUACUUCAUGGAAUCAUCUACAAUAGCCAGUGUAAUCACAAAAUAUGAUUUUAACUCCAUGAGCAUUUUUUGUAAACUGUCUUUUGUCAAUGAAUGUUAAUUGUUAGUGCAAAUAUCUCUUCUUUUCCUGAGAAAGAAGUACUGAUCAUUGAUUGUACCAUUUCCUUCAAAAUGAAGGGCAUUGCAUAGUAACUAAAAAGAAAUAAAAGAUUUAUAGUAUCUUUCAUAA